AUGUCUGUAACAGAUUGGUCUCUUCUUUCAUUACUUUCAUCAUCGAUUGAACAAUGUAAAUCAAUUGAAUUUAUGCCAUUAACAUCAAUUGAUGAACAUACAGUCUAUUGUCAUUAUGAAGAAAAUAUUUAUUUAUGUUUAAAUCUUUAUGAAAUAAAACCAAUUGUUAAUUUAUGUUAUUCAUUUAUAUUUUCAAAAGAUUAUCAAGAUAAUUCACAAUUAAAUAUUUUAACACGUGUUUUACUUUGUUAUGUAACUGAAUGUUUAACAAGUUGGAAUAUACGUCGACGUUUUGUUUUGUCGAAUGUAAUAAAUAUUCAAGAUGAACUUCAAUUUUUGGAAGUUCUUUUGCAUUUAAAACCUAAAAAAUUAGAAAUAUGUAAUCGAACAGCUAAAUUACAUUUUAUUAAUUAUGCAUCAUGGUUAUAUCGUCGAUGGAUUAUUCAAUAUUUAAAUAUUAAUAUUGAUGAAGAAUUAGAUCGAAAUCGUUUAUGGUUAGAAAAGAAUAUUUCAGAUUCAAGCGGAUUUUCAUAUCGUACUUUUCUUUUAUCGAAAAAAAAUGUCAAUGAAAAUUUAAUUGAACAAGAAUUGAAAAUUAAUGAAAAUAUGUUAAAAUUCUAUUUUGAUAGAGAAUCAUUAUGGAUUUAUAGACAAACAUUAAUCUUUUUAGCAUUAAAAUUCAUAUCAAUAGAUCAAAAACAACUAUUGAUGAAAGAAUUAGAUUUAAUGAAAAUAUUUGAAAAGAAUUUUUUUUCUAAUAUAUAUUCUCGAUGCAUAAUUAAUAAAAUGUAA